CCACAGUCGGUAUAUGCCAUUUUAUCGUUCUAAAUUAGAACUUCUAAUCUUUCAAAACUUGCACUUUUUGCAAUUUUCUCAGUGCUAUAUAUUCAAAUUCAGAGAAAAAUGUCGGAUUCGUUUGCCAAUGUGCCAGGAGGAUCACAAAAGCUCAACUCCGGAUAUAACAUUCCAUUCGUCGGAUUCGGAACGUACAAAGUUACCGGAGAAAAUGUUCCGCCAGCAAUUGAUGCAGCCCUCACUGCCGGUUAUCGGAUGUUUGACACGGCAAAGUAUUAUUUGAAUGAAAAGGAAUUAGGAGAAGCAUUAAAGAUUCUCCUGCCUAAGCAUGGAUUAUCUCGUUCUGAUGUGUUCCUGACAUCCAAAUUCUUCCCAGAAAGCAAAAAUUGUCGAGAAGCUUGCCGUGGAUUUGUCGAAGAAUCUCUACAAUCUCUUCAAACCGACUAUAUCGAUAUGUAUCUUGUUCACUAUCCAAAACCGAAUGACUCUGACAAUGAUGAUGUGAAUAACGCGGAAUACCGGAAAAUUGCAUAUGAAGUGCUGGAAGAGGCUAAAGCUGCUGGCAAAGUUCGUUCCAUUGGAGUUUCAAACUAUGAAAUUGUGCAUUUGGAAGAGCUCAAGACAUACGCCAAGGUGCCGCCAUGUGCUAACCAACUGGAGUAUCAUCCACAUUUUGCAAGAAUUCCACUUCAGAAGUACUGCAAGGAAAAAAACAUUUUCUUCCAGGCUUUCUCCUCACUUGCAAGACACGAACCAAAGUUAAUUGAAGAUCCAGUCGUCGUUGAAUUAGCUAAGAAGCACAAUACAUCAGUUCCUCUUGUACUUCUCGCGUGGGCUCUCCGCCAGAAUGUUGGUAUCGUACCGAAGUCGGUGACCCCAUCAAGAAUCGUAGAAAACUUCAAAGUAAUCGAUAUUGCUCUGACUCCAGAAGAUAUUCAAUCGUUAACAGCUCUUGAUCGUGGGCAGCACUACAUUCGUUGCACCGGAUGGCUCGUCAAGUAAAUGGCUUAUCAAUAAUUGCAGUUUAUUUCAUAAUCAUUUUUCCCACAUUGUGAUAUUUCCCUCUUUCUUGUGACUCUAACAUGAAAUUGAAACUUUUUAAUUGUAUGACGUCAGUUUUCCACUCUCGCAAUAUUCCGCUAUAAUAUCUUUAGUUUCGUUUAGAAAAUUUUUUAAAAAAAUUAUUUUCAGAUGUCCAUAAAGUUGAACACUGGU